GAACACCUUGCCUGGACUGUCAGAGAACCCAUCUGCAGUAGGACUCCUGAAGGUAGAAGAGCAACGAGUACCUGUUGCCACCUCGACAGUGCAUCGCCGGCAGUAUCGAACAAAUCGAGAUGCUGUGAUCCCCAUUCACAAGAUGAUCCGAGAGCUGGAGAUCCAAGGGGUGGUUAGUAAAACCCACUCACCCUUCAACAGUCCCAUCUGGCCUGUGCGUAAAUCUGAAGGAGAAUGGAGAUUGACCGUGGAUUACCGUGCUUUGAAUGAAGUGACUCCACCACUGAGCGCUGCUGUGCCGGACAUGCUGGAACUCCAGUACGAGCUGGAGUCCAAGGCAGCGAAGUGGUAUGCCACAAUCGACAUUGCUAACGCAUUUUUCUCCAUUCCUCUGGCUGCAGAAUGCAGGCCUCAGUUUGCUUUCACCUGGAGGGGCGUGCAGUACACCUGGAACCGACUGCCCCAGGGGUGGAAGCACAGUCCUACCAUCUGUUAUGGACUGAUCCAGACUACGCUAGAAAAGGGUGAGGCUCCAGAACAUUUACAAUACAUUGAUGAUAUCAUUGUGUGGGGAAACACAGCAGCAGAAGUGUUUGAGAAAGGAGAGAAAAUAAUCCAAAUUCUCCUGGAAGCUGGCUUUGCCAUUAAGAAAAGUUAAGGGACCUGCUCGGGAGAUCCAGUUCCUGGGAGUGAAGUGGCAAGAUGGACGGCGCCAGAUUCCUACUGAUGUCAUCAACAAAAUCACAGCUAUGUCCCCACCAACCAACAAGAAGGAAACACAAGCUUUCUUAGGUGCUAUAGGUUUCUGGAGGAUGCACAUUCCUGAAUACAGUCAGAUUGUGAGCCCUCUUUACUUGGUUACCCGUAAGAAGAAUGAUUUCUAUUGGGGCCCUGAACAGCAGCAAGCCUUUGCCCACAUCAAGCAGGAGAUCGCUCAUGCACUGGCCCUUGGCCCAGUCAGGACAGGACCAGAGGUGAAGAACGUGCUCUGCUCUGCAACCGGGAACCAUGGCCUGUCCUGGAGCCUUUGGCAGAAGGUGCCUGGUGAGACCCGAGGCUGACCACUGGGAUUCUGGAGUCGGAGCUACAGAGGGUCUGAAGCCAACUACACCCCAACAGAGAAAGAAAUCCUGGCCGCGUAUGAAGGAGUCCAAGCUGCUUCAGAAGUGAUUGGUACCGAGGUACAACUCUUCCUGUCACCUCGACUACCCGUGCUGGGGUGGAUGUUCAAAGGAAAGGUUCCCUCUACCCACCAUGCCACCAAUGCUACAUGGAGCAAGUGGAUUGCCCUCAUUACACAGCACGCCCAAAUUGGGAAACUAAAUCGUCCUGGGAUUUUGGAGGUAAUUACAAAUUGGCCUGAAGGUGAAAGCUUCAGUCUCACUGGUGAAGAGGGAGAAGAACAAGUGGCCUGUGCUGAAGAAGCUCCACCAUAUAACCAACUGCCAGCAGAAGACACACGCUACGCUCUUUUUACUGAUGGUUCCUGUCGCCUUGUGGGGAUGAACCGGAAGUGGAAAGCAGCCGUAUGGAGCCCCACACCACAAGUUGCACAAGCUAUCGAAGGAGAAGGUGGAUCGAGUCAACUCGCGGAGCUCAAAGCCGUUCAAUUGGCCCUGGACAUUGCUGAAGCAGAGAAGUGGCCAAAACUUUACCUUUAUACUGAUUCCUGGAUGGUAGCUAAUGCUCUGUGGGGAUGGCUGAAGAGAUGGAAGGAGGCGAACUGGCAGCGCAGAGGAAAACCAAUUUGGGCUGCUGAAGAAUGGAAAGACAUCGCUACCCGGUUAGAGAAACUACCUGUGAAGGUUUGCCAUGUAGAUGCCCAUGUCCCUAGAAGCAGAGCUAAUGAGGAGCAGCAGAACAAUCAGCAGUUUGUUUUGUCUGUGGCUGAGCCCCUCCCCCGGCUGCUUGCUUCUGGCCUGCUGCUAGCUUUAGGCUGCUUUGCUGGCUUUGCUCUCUUGCUUUCUGCUUUUUGCUUGCUUUUUUGCCAUUUUUCUGCUUUUGUGUUUCCCCUUCUUUCCUUCCUCCCUUCCCUGAAGACAUCGGACCUGCUUCGGGCCCUGAUUUCGGGAACAUCAAGGGAACACCCCCCGGAGUCUGCACCUGAAAGAAGCUUUGGCACCCUCCCCAGCAGACACUGCUCACCCUCUCUUGAACUGGUGAAAACAUUUGCUGUCAUCUCGGACUGUUUUCCUUGUGUUGGGAAGUGUUUUUGUUUUUUUUUUCCAUUGUUUCUCAAUAAACAAGUUUUUUCCACUUUCUCCUCUGAGGAAAUUCCUCCCGAACCCGGUGGUGGGGGAGGGAGUUGUGGAAUUUUGUCCUAAACUAGGACAGUGGGUCACUUGGGCCAAUCGGAGCAAACAAAAUUCCUUUUGCUUGUCUUUAGCCACACCAUCAAAUCCUUUUCAGACUUGCUUGAUUGGAGUCCCAGUGGACUCCAUGACAGAGUUCAGAACCUGGUCUCAAAUCAAAAUUAAUCCAAAAAGUGUUUUAGGAACACAAGUUGUUGCCAUUGCACAAAAUCUUAAAGUUGCUAGUACUGAGCCCCAAGAACUUGAUCUUUUGAGUUCUAUCCCAGGGAAUUACUGUUUGAUCUUUGGACAUUUUAUCAUAAAUUGAAGCUUGCUAAUUGUAGACAAACGGCAACUGAAAAAAUGGCAACACUUGGUUGUCUCCCCAGUCUCCAUUGUAUUAUAACUAUACUGAAUACUGUAACAAUUGGACUGAGUCUUUAACACCAUUAACAGGUGUUGCUAGAAAAUUACCGCCAGGGAUCUUUCUCAUUUGUGGAUAGAGCCUGGUCUGCAGUGCCUCAAGAAGCUGUAGGAGGUCCAUGCCAUUUUGGUAAAUUAACAUUGUUUGCUUCUAGCAUUCAUCAAGUUUUAGGAUUGUCUCAAAAGACCCGACGAGUCAAAGGCAGUAUGUCUCAACUAAGCCCCAACUGUAAAGAUCGAGUUAUAGCCACCUGCAGCUGUAAUUUCAGCAUCAUUUUUUGCCCCAGGAGUUGCUUCAGCGCAAGCCCUCACGCAAUUAAAAAAUUUACCCUGCUGGACAGGAAAACAAAUUAAUAUAACAUCCAAUCUACUAAGUGAGCUUGCCAAAGAUGUUAAUGAUAUUCGUCAUGCUAUUCUUCAAAACAGAGCCGCAGUGGACUUCCUCCUUUUAGCACAAGGGCAUGGAUGUGAAGAAUUUGAGGGCAUGUGCUGCAUGAAUUUAUCAGACCAUUCACAAUCAAUUUACAAGCAGCUGUUACAGUUAAAAGAUAACAUGAAAAAACUCGUAGUUGCAGACACUCCGUUUGACAAAUGGCUUGGAUCAUGGGG